AUGAGUCGCGCAGGCAAACUUGCCCCGGAGGUUAACCGAGCUUUAUUCGUAAAGAAUCUAAGCUACAACGUCACUCCCGAGGAGCUCUUUGAGCUCUUUGGCAAGUUCGGCCCCAUUCGCCAAGUGCGACAGGGUAUUGCCAACAAUACCAAGGGCACUGCCUUCGUUGUCUAUGAAGACGUCAUGGAUGCAAAGCAGGCUUGCGAUAAGCUGAACGGGUACAACUUCCAGAACCGUUACCUUGUCGUUCUAUACCAUCAGCCCGAGAAGAUGGCCAAACGGGCCUGUGGACCGCCUGCGAGCAGCAUCACCCACGAAGUUGGCUCGACACCCUGCAGGCCCGUCAUCUAUCACCACCUCCGCACGGCGUCGAUCGUCUGUGUCGUCGACAUCGACGACAUUGUCGGCAUCGUCAACGCUGUCGCGGCGACGACGACCACCAAGAAACUUACCAAGUCGAGCCUCUCCGAUCACGCCCGCGGUGUCAUGCCGUAUUUCGUGCGCAAGCUCCUCCCCACGGUGUCCGAGGUCGCCUAA